AUGCCUGCUGAUCUGCAAAAAGUUCUUGAUGAAAGCGUGAAAAUCGUUAAUUAUAUUAAAGGUCGACCUUUAAACGCAAGACUUUUUGCACAAAUGUGUGAAGAAACGGGAAGCAGCCAUACCCAACUGCUUUUGCAUACUGAUGUACGUUGGCUAUUUCGGGGAAAAAUUUUAAGUGGAUUAUUUAAACUGAGCCUAGAACUUCAAGUUUUUCUUAAUGAUAAAUUUGAACAGAAAAAGUGUCUACAUGACUCAACGUGGCUAUCCAAAUUGGCAUACUUAGCAGAUAUAUUCUCUAUUUUAAAUGGACUCAAUUUAUCAUUACAAGGUAAAGAUAUUUCAUUGUUUCAUGUCCAGGACAAAGUAAACGCUACAAUUGAAAAAUUAAAGUUAUGGAAAACUAGAGUUAAUAAUGGAGAGCUAGACUCGUUUCCCUCUCUUCAUGAGUUUGUAAUAAAAUCAUCUGAUAAAAUUGAUACGGAUGUUCUGAAAUGUUUAACAGAGCAUUUGGACGGAUUACAAGAGGGCCUGAAAAAAUAUUUUCCGGAUUUAACGACAAACCUCGAAUGGAUAAGACAUCCGUUUAAUAUUGAUUCAUCUGCCAUGCCAGAUAAUUUAUCUAAUGUGGAACAAGAACAGCUCUUGGAGUUAUCUGCAGACGGAUUUUUGAAAAAUAAACAUAAAGAGUGUUCUUUAGCAUCUUUUUGGCUGCAAAUGCAACAACUAUAUCCGAAUUUAACAGAAAAAGUGUUAAAACAUGUUUUGCCAUUUCCAACAUCAUAUCUAUGUGAAGUUGCGUUUUCAGCAUUAGUCGAUAUUAAGUCGAAAAAAAGAAACAGGAUUUUGGAUGUGGAGCCGCAUCUUCGAUUAAAAUUAACGAAUAGGGAACCUGAUUAUAAUCAUUUGGCAUCAUCUCAACAUAAACAAAUUCAUCCAUCCCACUGA